AAUAUUUUUCUGUAUUCUCAUCCGCUCUUCGUCUUCGUUCUCUCCUUUUAUCGCACUGAAAAUACCUUCAGAUUUACUUUUAACUGUUUGUGACGGUGAAAUGAAUCAGAACCGUUAAACUUUAUAGAUGCUUUUGAAAGCCCUCCGAGUCUUCCAUUUCAUCUUCAUCUUCUAUUUCUCUCUUUCUGAUACCCACUGGGCACUGUGAAACUAAUCUGUUCAUUGAAUCGUUGAUUUAUAGAGACGGAGAGAGAGGUUUCAGCUGAUUGAUUGUGCUUUGGAGGUGUGGAAAUUUGUUGUUUGUGGAAGAAGAGGAGAUUGGAUUUAAUCGGAGAUUGAAGUAGUGAAAAAACAUGAAUGCAGUUGGCAGGCAAAGAUCUGGAACAUCGACGGGGCAUCACCAGAGGCAAUACUCUGAUAACUUCCUGGAGACUUCAUCUAAUGGAAGAUGGCUUCAAUCAGCUGGUCUUCAGCAUCUUCAAACUUCAAAUAAUAAUGUUCCUCAGGCUCCACAGGGACAGGAAUAUGGAUACUAUGGUGGAGCUCAAGGGUCGAGAAUGCUUAGAGGUGCACAGAGGACAUAUAGUGGAGGAAGCGAUCUCUUUGCGGAGCCUUUGACGCCGCCGGGAAAUCAUCGACAGUCAAGCCAGAGAAGGAAUGGUGACGAAGAAGUCUAUCCCAAUGAGUUCAGUCCUGGACUCUUAGAUCUACACUCAUUGGAUACUGAGCUUUUACCAGAGAUGCCUGUUGCUGGUUUGUAUGAUGCUCCUUCCAUGCAUCACUUUGCUCGAGCAAAAAGCUUUGAUGACUCGGAGCAAUUCCUUGCAAACAACAAGCAAACUGGUAGAGUUCGGGGAUUGCCAGAGAGUAAUGUCUCUAAGAGUUUUGCUGUUGAUAAAGACAAGGCCAGCAAUGUCGCAAAGAUCAAAGUGGUGGUGCGUAAGCGACCACUAAACAAAAAGGAAUUAACGAAGAAUGAAGAAGACAUCGUUGAAACACGUUUCAACUCUCUAGUAGUCCAUGAAACUAAACUAAAGGUUGAUCUGACUCAAUAUGUUGAGAAGCAUGAGUUUGUCUUUGAUGCUGUGCUAAAUGAGGAGGUUUCGAAUGAUGAGGUAUACCAUGAAACAGUGGAGCCCAUUGUCCCAAUAAUUUUCCAACGCACAAAAGCUACUUGCUUUGCGUAUGGGCAAACAGGAAGUGGCAAAACGUAUACCAUGAAACCACUACCUCUGAGGGCAUCUAGGGAUCUUUUGAGGCUCAUUCAUCAUACAUACCGGAACCAGGGUUUUCAAUUGUUUUUCAGUUUUUUUGAGAUAUAUGGUGGAAAGCUCUAUGACUUGCUUAAUGAUCGGAAGAAACUUUGCAUGAGAGAGGAUGGUAAACAACAAGUAUGUAUAGUUGGAUUGCAAGAAUACAGGGUCUCUGAUGUGGAGAUGAUUAAGGAGCUCAUUGACAGAGGAAAUGCAACUAGAAGUACUGGCACCACUGGUGCCAAUGAGGAAUCAUCUAGGUCACAUGCUAUUCUCCAGCUUUCUGUUAAGAGGUCAGCUGACGGUAGCGAAUCUAAACCUCCCCGUGUUAUUGGGAAGCUCUCCUUCAUAGACCUUGCAGGAAGUGAACGUGGUGCAGACACAACUGAUAAUGAUAAGCAAACCAGAAUUGAAGGAGCAGAGAUUAAUAAAAGUUUGCUGGCACUAAAGGAAUGCAUUAGAGCCCUUGACAAUGAUCAAAACCAUAUUCCUUUUAGAGGCAGUAAAUUAACUGAAGUGCUGAGGGACUCUUUUGUUGGAAAUAGUCGUACUGUUAUGAUAUCUUGCAUUUCCCCAAAUGCAGGAUCUUGUGAGCAUACUUUAAAUACAUUAAGAUAUGCUGACAGGGUGAAGAGUCUUUCAAAAGGGAACAACUCAAAGAAGGACGUCUCAUCCUCAACAUUGAAUCUGAAGGAGUCGACAACAUUAUCUUUUUCUGCAGUUGUACCUUCUACAUCAACAUUUGAAGAUGAUACCGGUGAUUCAUGGCCUGAACAAAUUGACAAAGAUGAAUAUGAUGAAGAUUUCUAUGUACAAGAGAAGCCAAUGUGGAAGAAGAAUGAGAAGCUUGAUGGUUACACUAUCUCCAAUUCAGAAGAUAAAAUGAAGAGAGCAAAUGCUCAGACAAAGUGGAAGGAGCCACCUAGAACAGAGGCAAAGUAUUCAAACUCGGAUGAUGAUCUGAAUGCUCUCCUAAAGGAUGAGGAAGAUCUUGUGAAUGCGCAUCGGAAACAAGUGGAGGAAACAAUGGACAUUGUUCGAGAGGAGAUGAAUCUAUUAGUUGAGGCAGAUCAACCAGGGAACCAGCUGGACAAUUAUAUUUCUCGAUUAAAUGCAAUCCUUUCACAAAAGGCUGCUGGCAUCCUAGAGUUGCAGAACCAGUUAGCUCAUUUUCAAAAACGUCUAAAGGAGCACAAUGUUCUUGUAUCUUCUGGCAACUGAAGCUCUAAUUCAGUAUGCAUACAAAAUUCCGAUGUUGUGCACAUUUGCUUUGGGACGAGGUGUUGUUGUAGAUCCACUAAUGGACCCAUAGGUGUUGGUGUAGAAAACAUGUGGCUUGCAAAAGUUGGAGUGGCAACAUUCACAUGCUGGUUUCUUCAGAAGAGUUUUUGAAGCCUUCUGUUAAGUUACACAAGAAUCUUGUCAUUGUUUAUUCAUUUUCUCAUUUGAAAAGAAAAAAAUACGAUAGAUGCUUUGGCAUGGCUUUAAGGCUUUCUGUUGCUAAGAUUAUUAUUUGUUGAUUGAUCUGCCGAGUGGAAGAGGCAUUUGCUAUGUUUUGGGGGCACAAAUUUGUUUAAUCUGGUCCUGCCUGCAAAGUCUAUCAUAGAUGACUGGUGGAGGAUCUGGCCAAGUCUGGUGUAAUUGAUUGUACAAUUGCUAUAUUUUCAUUGUAGCUGUGUGCCAUGAGCCACAUGCAUCAACAUAUUGCUACGAAAUGAGCUCUUGGAAUCUACUCAAUUACUAGAGACAA